GUCACUGUGCAGUUGGGACUCUUGCAAGACUCACUAUGGCAGCAUUGCUAAAAUGGGGGAUAUUUGGUGUCCCUACUCCCAGGUUUGAGCUAAUAAUUUUGUUAUUAAUAUUUUAGCUGUUAUAUUUUGUUUCCAUAUCCGAGUAGUAAAUAUUUGUUAAUCAGUCAGAAUACUUAUAUUUCCCUAACCACCAAAAGGUGGCAACAAGGCUACAGAAGCGGGCUGCGUUUCAAACCAAACUUAACACAAAGAGCCCUAACUCGCUACUGUCUACUCCCACAUGCUCAGUUUUCCUCUCAAGACCACUUUUUAUAGUUUAAUUAUCAUUUUGUAGCUCCGUUUCUGAAUUGUUCACCUCCACCAAGGUUUAUAAAUUAAAACGCUCCGGAUGGACUUCCAGGUGACUCCAAGGAGUGAGCGAGUGUUUUUUCGCGUGUGAAUCGGACGUGCCUCAUUUCCUGUUUCACAGGAAGAAGAAAGACGCGUUGACAUGUUGUCAGAGCUGCAAUGGGUGUCCGGCGACGUGAUCUUAUUUUCUAAUAUAUAAUAAAAGUAGUGUGUUUUUAAAGUCGCAGUCUGGCUCACAGAUAUGUGAAGAUGAGUGAAGCGUGUCGAGUCGCUUGAAAGAGAAAUGACCCAUGAGGAUGUGUUAGCAGGUCAAUGGCAGCUUCUGAUCUCUGCUCUCAGGGAUUGAGUUGUUUUUGUUUGGUUCGUUUUUCUUGAAACCAGAGUAGAAGAAAUAUGAGAUGCUGCGUUUAGAGGACGUGGCUAAUGUGUUGCUCAGGGUGCCCAGUCUGUUAGUCCUGGACUUGCUCUACAAAUGCGACAUCGAGAGCUUCACCCAUCAUCUCAGGGCGAGCAGCGAGGACAUGCUCUUCAAAUACAAAUACGUCCUCUGGAACAUGUACUACUUGGGUCACUUUGCGAGCACAGUGGUGCUUGUAUUGCCCCUCGGACACAUUGUUCAACUUUACCUGCAUGUCCUUACUGCUCUUCUGCUCUACAUGGGACACCAGAUGUCAAGGGAAUAUGUUGUAGCGGAAAGUCAAUACGGGUAUGACGGAGCGCUCUUUCUGCAUCCACCAGCCUUGAACCGAUUUGUCAGGGCACUUACAAGUCAGAUUAUUGUUGCCACUCUUUGUGCAUUCCUCAUGCGCACCCGCCGUGUAUGGCUGUUCUCUGCACACAUGCUGCCACUGCUUGGACGAGUGUUUUUGAUCUCUCAAGACUAUGCCCUGACACUCACUACCGUUUCCAUGGGAAUAACUGUGGCAGAGGUUGCCAUCUUCCUCCUCAUGAAUCUGUUUGUACCAUAUAGAUUGGCCAGGGCCAUGUACCAGCAAAUAGCCCAAAUCGAGGUGACUGAUUUGUACCGGCUGUUGGCAGUGGGCAUGUCUCUCUGGCAUAGCUUUGCAGUGCCUGUGCUAUUCAGUGUAUUCUGGUUUGUACUGUUUGGAGUUCAGCUUGUCUCCAAUGUAAAAAGCUCAACUUCUAUCCAAGAGGGGCUGCUGCUCUAUCUCCUUACCAGUGUAUCAGAGUGCUGUGCUAGUCCUUACUCUCUGCUGGGGUUGACAUUUGUGGUUUCUUAUUUGGCACUGGGCCUCUUGAAUCUCUGCAAGUUCUGCUUGGGAGGAUACACAGCACUGCACAACCACAAUGUGAUGCACAGGGGUGUGACAGAAGGUGUGACUAUGUUGUUGUUGGCUCUGCAGACUGGCUUGUUGGACUUGCCAGCCCUGCAGCGCUGCUUCCUCCUGUUUAUCAUACUCUUUAUCGUCCUCACUUCCACACUGCAAAGCAUGAGUGAGAUUACUGAGCCCAUUGUACUAGGACUCGGGGCCAGUAGAAAUAGGUGUGUGUGGAAGCAUGUGCGGGGGCUGAGCAUGUGCUUAUUCCUGCUCGUUUUUCCCGGCUUCAUGGCUUUUAAGAUAUCACAAUUCUUUCAUAUGGACUUUUGGCUUCUAAUCCUUGUUUCCAGCUGUAUGCUGACAUCACUGCAGGUGACAGGGACCCUAUUAAUUUACUGCUUGUUCAUGGUGGAGGUGUGGCGUGGUGCUGCCCUGCCCAGCCUGGACGAAGUGGUGUAUUAUGUGAAUGCCUUGUGUCGGGCUCUGGAGUUUGCUGUGGCAGUGUGUGUGGUUGCAUACGGGGCAUGGGAGUCACUGUGGGGUGAGUGGAGCUGGAUAGGGGCAUCCGUUAUCAUCAUCCACUCCUACUGCAACGUGUGGCUACGUGCCCAGGCUGGGUGGAAGAGCUUCUUGCUUCGGCAGGAAGCUGCACGCAAGAUCAACUCGCUCCCACGGGCGAGUGCUGAACAGCUGCAGGAACACGGGGAUGUCUGCGCAAUCUGUUUUCAGGAUAUGACAACUGCUGUGAUUACAUACUGUGGUCAUUUUUUCCAUGGAAGCUGUCUUAGAAAGUGGCUAUAUGUUCAGGAAACCUGUCCCAUGUGUCAUACUCCCAUUAAACCCUCCGCAUCCGUACCAACACCUGCUGUUGGUGAUGUUCAUCCAAACCCAGCACAGGCCCAACCGCACCCAAAUCACCCAGAACCAGCUGCUGAACACAGUGACACUCAUGAAGGGGAGCAGGGCCAGGUGGAAAACGAAGUUUGUUCACCAGAUAAGAAGUCCAAGUCUGAGACACCAUCUAGAAAUAACAGUCUACAGGAUCUAAACUGCAGUGGCAGUGGAGAUACUGCUGGACCAUGUUGUUCAUUAGAAGGAAGUUCUUGCAAUGAAAGAGACUGCGAAUCUGAGCAUAGGACUAACCGUCCCAGUGAUUCCAAUUCACCGAAGGAUUCAGACAGAGAACCAUGACUGUGCCGCUCUGUCUUUCAAUGGUAUUUAUGAAGCCAACAAAAAAAAAAGGAAAAGUGUGAGGAUCAUGAGAAGUCAAAGAGAGCCAGGAGGUCACUGCCUCUCUAAAAAUACGGUAACUACAGUGACUAAAACCCAGUGUUGCUGGUGGAAUGAAGCUUCUUCUAAUGCUCUUAAUCAUGUGCUGGUAAUUUUUCAUCAUAGAACUUCUUCAAGCAAUACAAAAUGUUUGUUAUGGUUACAUUUCUGUGGAAGUGUUUUGGCUCUUGUGAAGAUGAUGGCCCUUUAAUAAGGGGAAAAAAGGAAAGUGGGACUUUGCUGUCUCUCUAUUUUUUUGAAGCAGUGUAUAAUAACUGGAAAAAAAUGACUUUAACUGGUUGAAAGAAAUUCUUUAACAAAAUGAUGUCCGAUUUCGAAUCAACUCGAAAUCUUCUAUAUGUUGCAGUCAAAUAUCAGGUGAAGAAAGAAAGCUCUGUACAGAGCACAUAACUAUCUGACAGUGCCUCAUCAUAGUUUUCUUUUACUCAACCGUAAUUUUCGAUGUAAAUGUUUUUCCAAAGCAACCUGAAAUCAAGUCUAUUUUUCUGUUAUUAAAUUGUUGUUUAACUACUGCAA